UAGAACUUUUAAAUAAAGGAAUCAAUAUUAAUAUUAAUAUUAUUAUUGUCGUGCGUAUAUAUAUCAAUAUUAAUAUUAAUAUAAUUAACCAGUUAAGUGUGUUUGACGAAUAUAUCCGUCAUGGAGAUGUGGCAGAAUCUUGUGUCAUGACGACUAUAUCCAUCAUGCGUAAAAUUUUGUUACAAUUUGAUAUUUAAUGUGUAAAUAUACAGGGUUUGUCCGGAAAGUAAUGCGUCGCAUUUUUUUGUGAUGCGAGUAUACGUCCCUGAGCGGUCGGACCGGUUGGAGAGGGUGGGGGAAACCCGUAGCUUUCUAGCGGUAUGUCGCUCAAUUGCCUUCAUGCGCUUGAAGGAAUAGGACGGCUUGUUCCGAGAACUUCUGCGUAGUGGUCGCGUCGAAGGUACCACGGAGAAAACGUUAAAGCAACGCUAUGCGAUACAGUUUUGUAUGAAGCUUAAGAAGACGCCGCUGGAAACAUUUGAAAUGCUUCAGGAAGCCUUCGGAGAUGAUUGCCUUUCCAGAUCGCAGUCGAACAGAUGGCACAAUAUGUUUCGAGAUGGUCGGGAGGAGGUCGCAGACGAAGCCCGCGCAGGACGCCCAUCAACAUCGCGAACGGACGACAAUGUGACUUGUGUGCGCCAACUACUGUUUUCAGACCGUCGAAUGAGUGUUCGCUUAAUGUCUGAAUUACUGAACUUGCCGAAAACGGUUGUGCACGAGAUUGUAUCGGAAGACUUGGCCAUGCGGAAGAUUUGCGCAAAACUUGUGCCCAGAGUUUUGACAGAUCUCCAGAAGCAACAUCGGGUGGAAGUGUGGGCAGAACUCCAACACCUUUGCGCAGAUGAUCCCGAUUUCCUAAGCAACGUUAUCACAGGGGAUGAGACGGGAUAGUGCACCGUGAAUUCGUACCCCCUGGCCAGAUCGUCAACGCGAAAUUUUACGUGGAAGUGCUUCACAGACUGACGAACAGGGUCGCCCGCGUCCGCGCGGAGAUCCGCGGAAAUUGGAAACUCCACCACGACAACGCACCAGCGCACACCGCCUUUGUUGUCACGGCAUACCUAACCCGGAUCGGUGUGGCAACAGUGCCGCAGCCGCCCUACAGCCCCGACUUGGCCCCGGCAGACUUCUUUUUGUUCCCUCGGCAGAAAAGGGCCCUUAAAGGAAAACAUCUGGAGUCGGUGGACAAUGUGCAAGCUACGUCGACGGCCGCCCUGAACAGCAUCACAGUCGACGAGUUCCAGAAAGCGUAUGACUCAUGGAAAUCGCGCUGGCAAAAAUGUAUAGAUGCUGAAGGGGCGUACUUCGAAGAAUUUUAAGUUGUUGUACCUGUGCGAUUAAUAAAUAACGUUAAAAAAAUGCGACGCAUUACUUUCCGGACAAACUCUGUAUGUUCAUGUUGAGUGACUAUGUAAAUAUUACUAAUAAAAUUGUUCAUUUUCUAAAAUAAAGUCGUCUUUUUGACCCAAUAUUUCAACAGCGCCACUUACUCUGUGUUUGACGACUAUAUAUAUAAUUUUAUAAAAACAAAAACAAAUUGUAAGAAUAACA